GCAGCUCAUGGUGCAUAGGGAGGUUGUUAUAGGGAAGGCUUCUUUUUGGUGUAUGUUGCUGAUGCACUGCAGGGGCUGGAUAUUUUCACACAUGGGUUGUUGGUUGGUUGCCACAAUGGCUAUAGCUUCCAUAUUGUUGUUGUUGUUGUGAAGGUUCAUGGACUUCAUCUUUGUGUUUGGUCUAUAAUUUUGUUGGUUUCUGGGGUUCUUUGAUCUCGUGAAGGGUUAUGCAAUCGAAGAGUUCGGCCAAUGUGUUAUAUAUUUAGCUCCUAUAUGCUCUCUGCACAGUAACUUUAUGCCCAUAAGUGUUCCUUGUGAGCUUGUGUAAGGUGCGCCGUGUUUUGCUACUCAAGGAGUACUCUUUUUGAGGUUCUAAAGCAAUGGACUCAAAACCGACUGAAAAUGGUAAAGAAAUGGCUGUCAUAAAUCCUGCCGAGGAUACAAAGCAUACUCAACCAGAGGAUGAAAAUCACUUGUCUGAUGAUCCGGAGAAUGGAACAAAUUCUGAUGAGACAACGGAUCAGGAUUGUCCGUCACCAUUGAAACCAGCAUUCAGAAGAAAGUCUGGCUUACAUAUCUUCUUUAUGGACAUAAGGAAUGUCUUGAAGCUGGAUGAGAUUGGACUAGAGAUUGCAAGGAUUGCAGUGCCUGCAGCACUGGCUUUAGCAGCUGACCCACUUGCUUCUUUAGUUGACACAGCUUUCAUUGGUCGGUUAGGUCCUGUGGAGAUUGCAGCUGUAGGAGUUUCCAUUGCUAUUUUUAACCAAGUCUCAAAGGUUGCUAUAUAUCCGCUUGUUAGUGUAACAACAUCCUUUGUAGCUGAAGAAGAUGCUAUAUGCAACGAGAUCACAGUCAAAGAAGAAAACAAAGAUUUGGAAAAAGCUGCUGCUCCCAACAGUGAAACAAAAGAAUUGCCCGUCCCGAAUGAUUCUGAAAAGACUGGAUGCUACUCGUCUUGCUUUUCUAGUAAAUGUACAAACCCGUUUGGAACUGGACGUGAGAGAAGGUAUAUCCCAUCAGUGUCAUCAGCAUUGGUUGUUGGCGGGGUGCUCGGCCUUAUUCAGGCUAUAUUUCUUAUUUUAGCUGCCAAACUGGUCUUGAACAUCAUGGGUGUAAAAUCUGGUUCCCCCAUGUUAGCCCCAGCUUGUCGAUAUCUGACUUUGAGGUCUCUUGGUGCUCCCGCUGUUCUGUUGUCUUUAGCCAUGCAAGGUGUUUUUCGGGGCUUUAAGGACACAAAAACUCCUUUAUAUGCCACAGUGGCGGGAGAUUUGGCGAACAUCAUUUUGGAUCCGAUUUUGAUAUUUGUUCUCCGUAUGGGUGUUAGUGGGGCAGCCAUUGCCCAUGUUUUCUCUCAGUACCUUAUUACAUUCAUAUUACUUUGUAAACUAGUGAAACAAGUGGACGUUGUGCCCCCGAGUCUAAAAGCUUUGCAAUUUAGUCGAUUUCUUAGAUGUGGAUUUCUAUUGCUCGCAAGAGUUAUCGCGGUUACAUUCUGCGUCACACUGGCAGCUUCAUUAGCUGCGCAUCACGGACCGAUUCCAAUGGCCGCAUUCCAAAUCUCCCUGCAGCUUUGGUUGGCAACAUCUCUUCUGUCCGAUGGGCUUGCCGUUGCGGGACAGGCAAUCAUUGCCAGUUCAUUUGCUAAAGGAGAUUAUAACAAAGUCGUGGCUGCUACUUCUCGUGUAUUGCAGUUAAGCGUUGUUGUGGGAAUUGCCCUUGCUGUUUUGCUUGGAGUUGGCAUGGAGUUUGGGUCAGGAAUAUUUACAAAGGACCAAGAAGUUAUCAAACUAAUUCAUAAAGGCCUACCGUUUGUAGCUGCAACUCAACCUAUAAACUCGUUGGCUUUUGUUUUUGAUGGUGUCAACUUUGGAGCAUCUGACUACACCUACUCCGCGUAUUCAAUGGUAAUGGUUGCAAUUAUUAGCAUUCCAUCCUUGAUCUUUCUUUCAUCAUCUAGUUAUGCAUACAUUGGAAUAUGGACUGCUUUAACGAUCUACAUGAGCCUUCGAACAUUUGCCGGUGUAUGGAGGAUGGGAGCCGCAAGGGGUCCAUGGACUUUCCUUCGUCGAGGAUCAUCUUCCCAACGGUGAUAAUCUUUCCGUCUUAUGCAAUAAAUAACAACAUCGAACAUGUUGUGAAUUACUAGUCAAUGGUUGUCAUGGUUUUUAGCCAUAAUGCCGGUCUGUUAUUUAUAGGAAAAUAGUUAGUAUUGCUAAGAGAUGAAGCCUUGCAUGUUGUUAUAAUGUUUGGAUGAGCUUUGGAUGGAAGGAGAUGUUCCCCCCAUCAUUUGUUGUAUAAUAUGAAAGCCAUUCAAAUGUCAUUGCACAACAUUGAUUAGAGAAGAAGCAUUUCUAUAUUGUUUCCAUUUAGUGGCAUUUUCCUAGUGUUGUAUCUAUUUGAAAUUGUGUUGUUGGAUAUGUUUCUAUGUGUUGAAAUGAAAUAUAUUUGAGUGUCUUUUGUGCC